AAAAUUAUCGGAUCCCCGGUACCGAUAAAAUACUUGAAAAGGGUGCAGAAGUUUUUAUUCCCGUAUUUGCAUUGCAGCGAGACGAAAAAUAUUAUAAAAAUCCAAAUAAAUUCGAUCCGGACCGAUUUAACGAAGAGAAUUCAGCAACGCAAACCCAAACAAAUCGGCCAUACUAUUCGUUUGGCGAUGGCCCGAGAAAUUGCAUCGGAGUUCGAUUGGGAAAAUUGCAAGUUAAAGUUGGAUUAAUUAUGAUGAUGCAACAAUUCAGAUAUGAAUUGGCGAAUGAACAGGAAAGAACACGUCAAAUGGAAUUUGAACCGAGAUCUUUUUUACUUUCGCCACGUGGAGGCAUCAAAUUACGUAUUUUUAAGCGGUGA